CCAAGAUUGGCUUGUCGGUGGUCUAGUUUACAUAUACAGGAGAAAUGGGUUUCCUCCCAACAGCUUGUUUCUUUCUGGUAGUGCCUAAACCUGGGACCUAUGGUUCUAUUUCUGGGGGAGAAUCUGGUUUUAUGAAAGAUCUCCAUUCUUAUCUCUGAAUUUAAAGCAGCCAUUUAUGACAAAUUAGCCAUUGUUAAUAGUGGAAGGUGGGAGUUUUCUUGUGGAAAAGAUGAUUCAGUUGUUGUUCUUGGUUCUAUUUGGUGAGGGCAUGGUGGCAUUUCUUCUAAUGGUGAAGAUUGGGCUACUGAGAGAGCUGGUGAUGCAGGGUUUGGAUCAGGUGAAGGUUCUCUGGAGGACACACUUGCUAGAGGCUUCUCUCGUGGGUUUCUCUCUGUUUCUUGGAUUUUUAAUUGAUCGCAUGCACCAUUAUCUUAGAAAAUUGGUUGAGUUGAGAACUACUAUGGGAACUUCAAGAAAGGAAGUUGAAAGGCUUGAGAAAGAAAAACUGCAUCUGAGAGAAAACGAAGGGAAAGCCAACGAGAACAUAAAGAAGUUGCAGAAAAAUUUUUCUAAUUUAGCAGACAAUUUAAAGAAGCUUAAGUUGGAGUCCACAGAAAGGGACAAACAGGUUGAAACUGCUGAAGCUCAUGUUGCUGCCCUCCAGAAACAAGCCGCCGAUCUACUACUAGAAUAUGACCGUUUGUUAGAAGACAACCAAAACCUUCAGACCCAAGCUCUAGGAUAUAGAAGCUGA